GCCCCUGCCCCAAUCACACUCCGUCCCUCCAAAUCACGCCAACCACUUCCGUAAAUUCGCGCAAAAGGAAUGGGCAAAACGUUCCCAAGGACCCAUCAAAUAUCAGAUCCUCCCACGUAAAUUCAACACAAACACUCCACAUUCAGCUGCUCUUCUUCAGUGAAGAGUGUGAGCCGGAGAAUCUCCAGGUUUUUGGUUUUUUCCAAAUCUGAACUUGCUAAUGGCGAGUAUGGCGGCCAUCGGAGUUCCGAGAGUACCGUCUUCUUCGACUUCAUCUUCUUCACAGUCCAAUUCGUCGAAUCUCAAUCGGAGAACGCCUGUGCAAAGCCUUUCGUUCUCCUCGUCUAGCAUCUCCGGUGAUAAGAUUUACUCCAAGGUUUUUUCUGCUCGCCGAGGAAAUGCUUAUAAUGAGAAGACUCCACGGAUCGUUUCUCCUAAGGCCGUUUCUGAUUCCAGGAAUUCGCAAACUUGUCUUGACCCUGACGCUAGUCGAAGUGUCUUGGGAAUUAUUCUUGGAGGCGGUGCUGGGACCCGCCUUUACCCACUUACAAAGAAGAGGGCAAAACCUGCUGUUCCUUUAGGAGCAAAUUACAGACUGAUUGAUAUUCCUGUGAGCAACUGCUUGAACAGUAAUAUAUCAAAGAUUUACGUUCUUACACAAUUCAAUUCUGCAUCUCUUAAUCGUCACCUUUCACGGGCAUAUGCAAGCAACAUGGGUGGCUACAAGAAUGAAGGUUUUGUUGAAGUUCUUGCAGCCCAGCAGAGCCCAGAGAAUCCAAAUUGGUUCCAGGGCACAGCUGAUGCUGUCAGACAGUACUUGUGGUUAUUUGAAGAGCACAAUGUUCUGGAAUUCUUGAUUCUUGCUGGGGAUCAUUUAUACCGCAUGGAUUAUGAAAGGUUUAUUCAAGCACACAGAGAAACUGAUGCAGAUAUAACAGUAGCUGCUCUACCAAUGGAUGAAAAACGUGCAACAGCCUUUGGUCUGAUGAAAAUUGAUGAAGAAGGGCGCAUAAUUGAAUUUGCUGAGAAGCCAAAAGGGGAGCAAUUGAAAGCUAUGAAGGUUGAUACUACAAUUCUAGGUCUUGAUGAUGAGAGAGCAAAAGAGUUGCCUUUUAUUGCUAGUAUGGGGAUAUAUGUCGUCAGCAAAAAUGUGAUGUUAGAUCUUCUAAGAGAUAAGUUUCCUGGAGCCAAUGAUUUUGGAAGUGAAGUUAUUCCUGGUGCUACUUCCAUUGGGAUGAGAGUGCAAGCUUACUUAUAUGAUGGCUACUGGGAAGAUAUUGGAACAAUUGAGGCAUUUUACAAUGCCAAUCUGGGUAUAACUAAAAAGCCAGUGCCAGAUUUCAGCUUCUAUGAUCGUUCAUCUCCAAUUUAUACUCAGCCUCGAUAUUUGCCUCCAUCCAAGAUGCUUGAUGCUGAUGUUACUGACAGUGUUAUUGGUGAGGGGUGUGUUAUUAAGAACUGUAAGAUUCACCACUCUGUGGUUGGGCUUCGAUCCUGCAUAUCAGAAGGUGCAAUCAUAGAGGAUACAUUACUAAUGGGAGCAGAUUACUAUGAGACUGAUGCUGACAGGAGGUUUCUGGCAGCCAAGGGUAGUGUUCCAAUUGGUAUUGGCAAGAAUUCUCAUAUUAAGAGAGCCAUUAUUGACAAAAAUGCUCGCAUUGGGGACGAUGUGAAGAUCAUUAAUGGUGAUAAUGUGCAAGAAGCAGCGAGGGAAACUGAUGGAUAUUUCAUAAAGAGUGGAAUUGUUACCGUAAUCAAGGACGCGUUGAUUCCCAGCGGAACCGUGAUCUAGAUGAUCCACAACUCUAGUCUUGCAUCUUGGGAUGUAAUACCACGUCUAAUUUCAUUUCCAGCCCUGUUCUUGUUUUGAUGGAUGCUAUGUAUAUGCCCUGGUUGUAUAAUGUCUUAAUCAAUCGAUAGAGUAAGAGAGAGAACCCAGGAAAUUGAUCUGUAAAAAUUUUCCCGCACGAUUUAAAUAUCUUCCUGUCAUGAUCCUGUUUAA